AUGCAAACAGCCAGCUUGCCUUUCGAUUUAUACCGACUGGACGGCCAGAUACUUUAUCUUUCCGGCCAUGUGCCUACCGAGGCUGACGGCAGUAUGGCCAAGGUACUGGGUAAAGUAGGUGCAGAAGUCAGUCCUGAACAGGCAUAUGAAGCCGCUCGCAAAGUCACCUUAGGGUUAUUCGCGAGCAUCGUAGCCGCAGUAGGCAGCCUGGACAGAGUCGAAGCCUGGCUGAAAGUUUUUGGCAUGGUCAACGUUGCGCCUGGUUUUAAAACCAUACCUCCCGUGAUUAAUGGCUGCUCCGACCUGAUCCUGGAAGUAUUUGGUCCAGACGUAGGCGCACAUACCCGCUCGGCCGUCGGCAUGGCUGAAUUACCUUUUGGCGUACCCGUGGAAAUCGAAGCACAGGAUACUCGACAUACCGCACCCGACUAUACUCAGGGGUUGCACUGGGCAGCACUGCCAGAGCGUAGUGACGACGCUGAUGUGUCGCCGGUAGGCUUUGACCUGGACAACCAGGGUGCUGCAGCGGUUGAUGUAUUUUUCAUUCAUCCAACCACCUACUACAAACCCGACUACUGGAAUCAGCCGCUGGACGAUGUCGACGCAAACACAUUUACCGACAUACAGGUCUUGCGCAAUCAGGCAAGCGUGUUCAACAGCUGUUGCAGAAUUUAUGCCCCUCGCUAUCGGCAGGCAACGUUGUACGCGUUUAUGGAUGAUGGUGAUGACGGCGACGCCGCCAUCGAUUUUGCCUAUACAGACGUGCGUAACGCUUUCGAGUACUACCUGCAGAACUACAACAACGGCCGACCGUUUAUAAUCGCCGGACACAGCCAGGGCGGCAAACAUGCGGACACCCUGCUUAAAGAAAUAAACGGCACACCGCUCAUGGAACAACUUGUCGCUGCAUAUCCGAUUGGUUUUUUCUUUGAUGGCAAAGACAGCAUACCUGUGUGCGAAUAUGCCACUCAGACAGGUUGUCAGGUCACCUGGAAUUCCGUAGCACCGGACGCGCCUACCUUUUCCGACACCAGCGAGUCAAUCUGCGUCAAUCCACUCAACUGGUCAGCCAGCGGUGAAUAUGCGGAUUUCAGUGAAAAUCAGGGGGCUGUAAGCUUUGCAGCCAACGGCGAGGUUGAGCCUGGCAUAGCGGAUGCACAAUGCGUGAAUGGGCUGCUACACGUCACCGACGUGAAAUCAGAGAAUUACUCUAGCGAGAUGUUUGGCGAGGGGAACUACCAUGUCUAUGAUUUCAGCUUCUUCCACAUGAAUAUCCGCAACAACGCGUUGGCCAGAGUUCAGGCAUUCACAACACCCUGA